UUUCCCGCCCUUCACUUUUGCCAUCCUUACUGAGAGGAAAGUCAACAAAUUAGCGUUUCCACUGAGGUUUAACUCCGACUUUAUUUUACUUGAUUGAGUCGCGUGUCACCGGCGAAGGAUGCCCUCCACUCAUGACUGGAUCAACAACCCUCUGGGGCUCGUGGAGGAGAUCUUCGUCCCAGACGGCGCCGACUCCGGCUGGGAGGCGAAGGCAGUCGAGUUCUUCAAAGACCAUCUGAAGGAGAAGGAGGCUGCUGAACGGCGUCCGUCUGUCCUGCAGGUCCCCUCCCUGAACGACGUCCCUCUGCACUACCUGAAACCCAACAGCCUCGUCAAGUUCCGCUUAAUCCAGGACAUGUUCGACCAGUUCUACAUGGGCGUGUAUGAGACCGUUGACCCCGCCUCCAAAGCUAAAGUGCUGAGAUGUGGGAAGUACAGAGAUGUGACGGAAUGUGGGGUGGAUUUUAACUCCAGAAACACAGUGACUGCAGAGAGACAAACCUUCUACUGUGUCCCCGUCCCUGGAGAGAGAACACCUGGGUCAAAGCACAGCUACGCCGCCUCCAGUCAGGCACGAGUCGUUCCUUCCACGUCAUACGCGCCAAGUCGACAAAAACGAAGCUACGAGGAGGACGACGACAUGGACGACAUGGACACACAGCCGCAGAAACGAGGGAGACGCAUGGAGACUCACAGUGAACAACACCAUGGUAACGGUGACUGUAAACGCCAGGAGACAGAAGCUCCAUCCAAUCAGACGGCGUCGGCGUCGCAUCUGGACCUGAACUUCCCUCUGCGAGAGAAAGGCCCGUCCUGCCUCGUCAAGGUGUACCAGGACUGGGACGGCUUCAAACUCAACGACGUCCUGGAGGUCUUCGGGAUCCUGUCGGUCAGUCCAGCCCUCAGCGCCCUGGCAGAUGAGAAAGACUCCUCCUCCUCCCUCCUGGACCCCGCCGACUCCAUGGAGACGGCGGAGGAGCAGCGAGUUCACUGCCCUCCGGCCUCCCUCGUCCCACGCCUCCACAUGCUGUAUGCCAAACCGCUGCCGCACAACAACCCACUGCUGCCCCCUACAGGUCUGGAGGACAACAGCGCCUUUCUGUCCUCGACGCUGAGCGAGAUGGCCUCGGUCCGGGCGGAGCUGCUCGCCUACUUCACCCACGUCCUGCUGGGAGACGCUCUGGCGGCCGAGUACCUCAUCCUACAUCUCAUCUCCACUGUAUACGCCCGACGGGACGUUCUUCCACUGGGAAAAUUCACCCUGAACCUGAGCGGAUGUCCCACCGCCGCCUCGUACACUGAACGCCUGUACCAGAUCAUCCAGCAGCUUGUCCCAUCGUCGUUCUAUCUACCCAUGAGCCUCCAGAACAUGAACCAGAUGCGUCUGGUGCCAAAGAAGGACUACGUGGCCAACCGUCUGGUGAGCGGCGCGCUGCAGCUGGCCAGAAACACCUCCCUGUUCUUGGACGAAACCCAGCUUGAGCAGGGACAGCUGGACACGACAGGUGUGAGGAAUGUGACGGCGCUGGGGAACCUGAUCUCGUGGCAGAAGGUUGAUUAUGACUUUAACUACCACCAGAUGGAAUUCCCCUGCAAUAUUAACGUGGUGAUCGCGUCAGAGGGCCGCUCGCUGCUGCCGUCGGACUGUCAGAUCCGCCUCCAGUCUCAGGUUGCCCCCGCCCACAUGGACGAGUACCUGAGCGCCGUCCACAUGCAUCCGCAGGCCUCGUCACAGCUCAACAAGUUCCGGAUGUACCUGAGCGUGGCUCGGCAACUCGACUACAGCAUCUCUGAUGAGGUGACGAAGUCGGUUGAGGAUGACUUCGUCGACAUGAGGAAGGACGACCCUCAGAGCGUCUCAGCUGAGGACUUCCAUAGGCUGCUGGUCGUGGCGAGGCUGUUGUCUCUGAGCCUCGGACAGACGUCUCUGUCCACAGACACCUGGAGCAGAGCCAAACACCUGGACAUGCUGAGGACGAGUCGCAUGGAGCAGCACAAGUGUGUCAACGGAAACGAGCCGUAACCAGAUGUUUUGUUUUUUUUUUCUUUUUGAUACCGAAAGAAUUUGUAAUAAAUCUGUUUUUCAUUUGCCAAAUAGUUCAUGUGGUGUUGAACUUUAUUCUGGUGCAGGUUAAGUUUAGAUACACUGUAUUUACACACAAAUGACUGUUUACAGACACAAAAUGUUCCACUUAGUCAGAUUCAGACAGUAUUCCUAUUCAGAUGUUUACAUGGUGGGUAAAAUGGACAGUGAAGGGGAAAAAUAGUCAUCUUUACUAAAACUACGUGGACUAACAAAAAAAAAAAAAAACUGCACUUGAGGGGAUGUUAAU